AUGGAGCUCGACACGUUUCUCUACUACUGGGACGAGAGCGACGGGCCGCAGUGGCAGGGCUGGUGGAUCACGCCGGACCGCGUAGGCAACGACCGCUUCUUUGCCUUCUCUCGCGGCGCAGCCGCGUCGCCCGACGAGUGUCGGUCCUGGCGCGGCGGCGACCGGUCGAUUGAUAUGUGCGUGGCGAGCUUGGGCGGUGGCGCCAUGGGCGUUCGGGCGAGCGGGCUCGGAUUCGAGGGCGUGUACGAGCGGGAGAGCGAGGAGCGAGGGCAUGGCAGGCCAGCGUUCCGGCGGACGCGCGACCUGACAGCGGCGGAGGCUGCGCGCAUCGACGCGGCGAGUGCGGCGGCGCCCUCCACUGUCGUCUACAGCCAGCAGAUGACCCUCGCUGACCUUCCUUCAUCCUCCGAGGAGGCGCCUGCCGCCAUCGCAGUGGGAGUGCCGCUCGAGCUCCCCGCCGCGGUGACGCCGGCGGCGGCGCUCGAGUGGGUGCGAGGCGGCGGGGAGGAGGGCGGGCAGCACGCCGGCGCGGCAGGCAGCCCGCCGGAGGAGGCGGCGGCGGAGCCGAUGCUGCGGCUGUCGCUGCGAGUAGAGAGCGCGGCGGAGCUGGACCAGGUGGUGCGCAAGGAGGCGGCGGAGCGGCUCUCGCUGCCGGAGCUGAGCGACGAGGAGUCCCCGCUGCCGGUGGGGUGGGUGCUGGCCGAGAGGAGCGCCGCGCCGGUCAGCGGCACCGUGCGGCGCUUCUUGCUCCUCGCGGCGCACCAGCUGGAGGAGGAGCUGCCCGAGUCGUACCGCUCGCUGCCGCAGGUGCGCGAGCUUGCCGCGAGCCUGCGCCGGCUGGUUGUCGAGCGGGGCUUCACCCUCUGCGUGUGGGCCGACGGCUGA